AUGAAUCAUUUAUCAAUGUUUUUGUUAGUACUCGUAACAUGCGCGUUAUCGAAAAAUGAAAAGUUAAACUUUUUUCCUAAUCUUCCAGUUGUAAGUAACUUUAAUAAUUCACCGAAAUAAUAUUUUUCACGUGCGCAUAUUAUAUCAUUUAUAAUAUAACUAUGGAUUUUUACUUUAAAUAAUAACAGGGAGAAUACAAGGUGUAUCCCAAAGCUAUUAUACAAUGUAAACAAAAACAACAUCUAUUUGAAUAUAAUUUGUAUUUGAAUAGAAUAUCAAGUAACACUUCUGAAGUCAAAGGUAAUAUUACAUGUAUGAAACCAUUGGACGAUUCUGACAAUGUAAGUAUGUUUAUACAUGGUUUUUAUUAAAAUUGAAUUGUGCCGUCUUGCAAAAACUGCCUAAGUGAUAUUUUAACUGUUCGUAAACAAUAAUAUUUAUGUGAAUAUUCAUCACAAUAGCUUGAAAAAUCACAAACUAUUGAAAAUGUAUGUUUUAAAAUAUCCACGGAAAAGUGUAUAAUUUAAAAAAAAAAAAUAAUUUUUUCGUUGAAUUUAAGANGUGAUAAUAUAUUAUAAUUACUAUAAGAAACCGUUGGACGAUUAACCUGAUGUUAAGUUUAAACAUUGAUUUAACAAGAUGUAUUAAAUAUUAAUUCAGUUAAUUUUAAUCUAGGGGUCAGAAAACUUUUUUAAUAAUUUUCAAUUUGGUAAAUUACUAAAAAUAUUAGUACUCCAUAUAUACGUAACUAGGUAUUACAAUUAUAAUCGCAAAAUGUUAUUAAUUUUUAAUUUGAUUUCACUAGGCGACUAUCAUAUCAGUUAGUAUUAAACCGGACAUCCGUCUGUAACUUUGAAAAUCGUGAUUAUAAUUUGUAUUAAUCAGACGAUUCAUCGUAAUAUUACUAAUAGUUAUUUAUCGGCUUAAAUAAUAUUAUAUUAUACUUAUAAAAUAAAAUAUAUAUAUAUGUGUAACUUUGUUUAAAGAUAGUAAUAAUCAGUGCUGUCAAAGAUUCCAUCGGUGGUUGGAAAGACAAUGCUUUCAUUUACAAAAUUUCCAAAGCAUGUUCAACGUUUGAGAAAGUAUUUGGUAACUUGAGAACCACAUUAAACCUAACAACAAAAAAAAAUAAUUUUAAUCGGAAUUGUCCAUAUCCUGCAGUAAAUAUAAUUCGCGUAAUGUUAUACUUUAAUAUAUAAUAUUCAACAAAUAUAUUUACGUUUAGGGUCUAUAUGUAUCAAAUGGUUUUGAUUUUACAAGUUUCAUCGCAAAUGCCAAUAUACCAAAACAAUAUUUUUACGGAAUUUACAAAGCUCGAUUUGAAUUGUUCGAUAAAAAAAACAAUCAAAUUGGUUGUGUAAUUUUUGUCGUAGACGUUAAACGUCCCUGGGAAACCGAAUAA